AUGUAUCAAAAUAAAAUAUUGAGUAAUAUAUUUAAAAAUAUAAAAUGCUUUAACUGUUUCAAUAUAAAUAAAAGUUAUAUUCAUAUAUUAUAUACAAAUGAAAAUAAAGGAAAUAAAUUUUUAAAUUUCAAAAAUAAAACGGAUUAUGAAAAUAAAAAAAUUGUUCUAUUUGAUAUAGAAUCAAAAGAUAAAAAUAUAAGAAAAAAAAUAAAUAGAACAUUUAUAGGAAGUAUAUUAUUAUCAUCAAUAACUAUAUCAAUGAUUGAAUUAAAUUUAAUAAACAAUAUAUAUGGAUAUUUUAUAUCGACGAGUUUGAUAGUUUUUUAUACUAUUUAUUUACUAUUUUACAAUUCACUUAUAUUAAGAGCCGUAUUAGAUUAUGAAAAUAAAAAUUUGUUAUUAUAUCCAUUUACAUUGUUAAAAAGAAAUAAUUUGAAAAAGCAAAUUAUUAUAUCACUUCACGAAAUAAAAAAAAUAAACAAAAUUAAAAAAUAUAUUCAACUUUAUUUAAAAAAGGAGAAAUCAAUAUCUAUUUUUAAUUAUAUUCCUUUACAUUUACCUAGAUAUAAUUGUUCAAAAACUAGUAUACCUAAAAAAAAUAAUAAAGAUAUCUUAUAUUCCUAUGAUUUUAAUAAUUUAAAUAUUUCUGUUUUUAAUGAAAAAAGAAGUAAAGUCGAUGUCCCAAAUAUUAAAAAAAAUAUAGAAGGCUAUCCUUUAGAUUUAAUAGAAGAAAAUAAAUUAAUUUCUUUAUUGAAAAUUUAA